AUGGUGAAGAUUGUAGGAGGGCACAUGGCCAGGAAGUUCAUCACUCAAGAGUGUGUGUUCGUGUGCAGAAGUUCCACAUACUCUGAGCGCAUCGACAUGUUUUUAAAGUGGAUUACAAACUGUCUUUUAUUUUUAAUUUUAAUUUAUCUCACGCAUACAGAUGCAGAGAAUGAUUUCAGAGCAAUUGAAGGAGAAACUGUCUAUCUUCCCUGCCACUCACCCCCUAAUGACAGUGUACAAGUUUCUGUAGAGUGGACAAAACAUAGUACAAACAGCACUACAAACCUCACAGUACAAACAGUACAAAUAGUACAAACUAUUUGUCAAUGGAUUAUUAAUAACAUUACUGGAUCUCUCACUGGAGACUGCAUUCCUCAUUUCAAAUUCAACAACAAGUAUUUUACACUAAGUAAAGAAAAAGUUCAGCUCAGUGACUCUGGUCAUUACAGCUGUAAAACAACAAGAUUAAUACCACCACCAACAUUAGACAAUACCACAAAUGUGACACUCCAAGUUGAAGUUCGUCCACAUCUGUCUCUGCAGAAACUGAACAGCAGUAAUGUCACCUGUAUCCAUCUGCUCUGCUCUAUGGAGGAUCUGAUGACUGAGCUGGUGAACUUCACCUGGAGCCGAGAGGGUCAAAGUUCACUUCAUCCAUUCAAAUCUUAUGCCACGAACAGUGAGCUGCGUCUGUGUAAACCUGACUGGAGUGAUGGAGACACAAUCACCUGUUACGCCAGCUACUCAGACACCCAAACUCAAAGAAGUAUACACCUGCCCUCACAGAGUGAUUCUGACAAAGUUGUCCAGCUGCUGAUCAUCUCAUGCAGUGCUGCUGCAGGCCUCAUCCUCUGCAUCAUCCUUACCGUUGUUAUUUGCAAAUGCAGAAAGCAAAACGAAAAUGGAUCUAUAGUGUUCAGCAAUAAAGUCUAUGAGAACUUCAGUUUCGCCAUGGCCCGUCAGAACACACAGUCCAAUGAUAAACCACAGCCAGAAGAGUGUAUUUAUGAGAACUAACUGCUGCUGCUUAUAUAACCUUUGCUUUAAAGCCAGAUCGGCCCAGUUUUUACAAAGGCAGUAUGAUGUAGGCAAAAGUGUGUUAAGUGAUUUAGCGAAGAUAUUUGAUGGUGCACUGCGAAUGUGAAGCAAAAGCUUUCUGUAUUGUUUACAAUGCCUUCACUGACUUCAAACAUUGUAAUCAGGCACUUUAAACAAUCAGUAACUGUUUUCGUUGUGUUUAAGCACUGUAGGUGCACUAAACUAUUAUGUCUUCUAAAUUAAACAGAAUUAAAUUAUGAUAAUGAGCAAGGAUCUCAUAUCCGGUUUCUUUCAUACAAUGCAAAGGCAUUAUUAAAAUGUAUCUU